AUGCAGGAGCAGAAGAAGGCCCUGCAGGAGGAGGAGGAGCGGGACCAGGCGCUGCAGGCCAAGGCCAGCCUGACCAUCCCGCUGCUGCCCGAGACCGAGCAUGACCGCAAGCUGGCUGGGCUGCUCAAGUUCCAAACGCUGGACUCCUAUGAGGACAAGCAGAAGCUGAAGCGCUCGGAGAUCAACAGCCGCUCCUGGUUCGCGCCAGCAGCGGCCACAGGCCCCGGUCCAGGUCCCAGCCCCGGCUGCAGCAGCAAGGCCAACAGCGUGCUCAAGAAGCUGGCCCACAGCCGCAGGCCCGCGCCCGCCGGCCCCACCAUCACCGCCCAGGACCUGGGCAUCGUGCGGCUGCCCAGGGCGUCACGGGAAGACUCUGGCGACAGCCCCCCAUCUGCAGCUGAGACCCCCAAGGCUGCCAAGCCACAGGAGCCAGCCUCGGCACCCCAAGAUUAUUCUCAGCAGCACGUGGAGACUAAGGAGCCCAAGGCCCGAGCACCCAGGGGCCAGGAGGGGAGCUGCCGGAAGCCAGCCCCCGCCCCGACCCCGGCCCUGGCCCCUUGUCCAGCACUGCCACCGCCUGGAGCCCCCCGCGAGACGGCCGACCCCACCCCACCCCCCCAAAGCCUGGGUUCCUCCCUGGUAGCUGACUACUCAGACUCCUCAGAGAGCGAGUGAGGGCGGGGCACCAAGGGACUAGGACUGCAGACCCCCGCCCCGCCUUCCUGCCUGCCACACCCCGGUGGCGUGUGCCUUGGGACACCAGUCCCCCGCGCACACACACACAC